GCUCGCCAGUCUCUCUCGGCUGCGUGUCUCUCAGAUAGGCGGCGCAGGCAGACGUGGGCCGAGCGUGGAGGUAGUAGCGUGUGAGAGACGGCAUGGUGAGGGUCUGAGGAGACGCAGAGGAGCCCCAUGUAGACCAACCCUUACCUGGACCUGUCCAGCCACAAAGAACCGCCGCCUCCUCCAGAGAAGCAGCAGGGAGGCACAGGGCACUUUGGCUGGGCUCUGUUUACCUUUAUUUCCCUCUUUUUUUUUUUUUUUUUUUUUUUUUUUUUAAGUUUAAUUUUUCCUUCUUCUUUCUUGGUUUUUUGGGAGUGAGCUCCGGGCUGGACCGCAUGCAUGACACAACGCAAAGGCGAGAAACCCACCAUCAGCAUCCAGGAGCACAUGGCCAUUGACGUGUGCCCCGGCCCCAUCCAGCCCAUCAAGCAGAUCUCUGACUACUUCCCCCGUUACCCGCGGGGCCUCCCCCCCGCCGCGCCCCAGCAGGCGGGCCACGUCGGGCCCCCGCGCUCUGCCCUCGCCACCUCUGCGGCCGCCGCCUCCUCCUCCUCCACCUCCGCCGGCGCCGGCUCGGAAAGUGAUCGCCCCAAUGAGGAGAGCCCUGAACGGGCGUGUGCUGGAGCCUCCGCCUCCUCACAGGCGGCCCGGAGGGACGAGGAGCCGGACGUGGAGGGAUACGACUCGGACGACUCCACCACUCUGGGAACCCUGGAGUUUAGUUUGCAGUAUGACCAGGAGAACAACGCACUGCACUGCACCAUUAACAAGGCCAAGCUUCCUGUUCCCAGGUACAAAAAGGGGCUCAAACCGAUGGACCACAAUGGGCUCUCAGAUCCGUAUGUCAAACUGCACCUACUGCCUGGCGCCAGCAAGGCCAACAAACUCAGAACCAAGACGCUGCGCAACACACUCAACCCCAUCUGGAACGAGACCCUGACCUACUACGGCAUCACGGACGAGGAUAUGGUCCGCAAAACUCUCAGGAUCUCAGUGUGUGAUGAGGACAAAUUUCGCCACAAUGAGUUUAUCGGGGAAACGCGGAUUCCCCUCAAGAAGCUAAAGCCCAACCAAGUCAAAAACUUCAACAACUGCCUGGAAAAACAGCUGCCAGUCAACAAGACAGAAGACAAGUCUUUGGAGGAACGGGGACGGAUCAUGAUUUCUCUGAAGUACAACACCCAGAAGUCUUGCCUGGUGGUGGGCAUCAUACGCUGCGCUCACCUCGCUGCCAUGGACGCCAACGGCUUCUCCGACCCCUACGUCAAGACGUACCUGAAGCCGGACGAGAACAAAAAGUCGAAGCACAAGACGGCUGUGAAAAAGAAGACUCUCAAUCCUGAGUUCAACGAGGAGUUCUGUUACGACAUCAAAUAUGCAGACCUCACUAAGAAGACUUUGGAGAUCACCGUGUGGGACUACGACAUUGGAAAGUCAAACGAUUUCAUUGGUGGGGUGUCUCUGGGCAUCAACGCCAACGGAGAGAGGCUCAAACACUGGUUCGACUGCCUCAAAAACAAGGACAAAAAGAUUGAACGCUGGCACACGCUGACCAACGAGUUACCCGGCUCGUUGAACGACUGAAGACCCGACAUCCAACCCAAAGGGCCUCCAGCCCCGCCCGGCCGCGCCCCGUCGGCUCUUCCCUCCACCUUUCUCACGUCGGACGUCUAACUUGGGAAUAUAUUUCCUGUCAACAGGGCUCAAAUUAUAUUUUCCACAUCUUGCACAUUUAAAACACUUCUUGCACGGCGGCUAAUGUGUUUCCAGAGAAAAAUCGAGUCGUGUCGGGGAACGGCGGGGUUUGUGCCGUUGACUCGUACGCUUUUCAGCUGUCUUUGCAUGAUCAGUGGAGAUAAAAGAAGCAAACGCUCUCUGUUUGAUGAGGCCUUUUACAGCAGCUGAAUAAAUUUCACCAGACAAAAACAUUCCUGGACCACCUUAACGUGUGAAAUGCAGCAGAAAUGUAGGCGGGAAAACUAAAAGAGUAGCAAAUUCUUCCUAAUGUGCGUCGCAUCAAACAAACGUUUCUAGCGUCUAGUGUCGUAACGAAGCCUGUGAGGGGAGAUGUUGCCGUUUAAUUUUAUUGAUUUAAAGUUUUACAUGACGAAGAAAAGUGCCGUUUAAACAUCAUCGUCCGAGUCCGACAGUAUUUCCUCCUUAUUAAAGGGAUUAAAAUGAGAAGGAAA